GACAAUUUUACCCCUCAUUUAACCUAAACCCUAAAUUGACCCACCCAUCCCUUACCCUAUUUUCCCCAAAACAGAGCCUGCCGCCACCCACACCAGGCCGUCCCUCACCCAUAGCUCCGCCACCCAGAGCUCCGCCACCCUCACCCAGAGCUCCGCCACUCUCACCCCUCACCCAGAGCUCCGGCGCCAUCCAGGAGGAGAGGAAGUCGCCGCCGAAGCUCCUCCUUUCUCAUUCGUUUAUCUCUGCCCCGUCACUCUCCUCUUCGUUUCCCAGGAGAGUCGACUUCGCGGCGGGUUAGCACCAAGAGGAAGUCGCCGCCACCACCAAGACCCGUCGCCGCCACCCAGACCCGUCGCCGCCAGCAUCUUCGCCCAAGCCCAGAUCCGCCGCUAGCCCUCGGCUUCUGCUCAGACCCGCCGAAGGCAACAAUGAGCGAAAGAAGGGGCAAGGAAAAAUCGAGGGUUCUCGGACGCAACGUUACAGUAUCUGAGCGGAAAAAACGUCAGGAGGAGUCAGAUAGACUUCGUGAGGAGGAGCGUCAGGAGAAGCUUUCGCGUCGUCAAGCUGCAGUGGAUUCUCCCCCUCAUAGCCAUGUUUCUCAGCAGUUACCAGGCAUCAACACAUAUGAUGACAUGGUGGAGGAUGACGAUAGCAGUGAUGAUGAGUGUGAUGUGGAGGGUGAUGAUGAGUUGUCUUUUCAUGAGUUGUUUUUCGACGGUCAUCCCGGAGGUUCGAGUGAUCAUGUGUCUACUGGCUCGACCCAUGGCAGUACUCUUGUUGGGCCGCUACGUAGCAAGGAUGGGCGUUUUGCUUCGUCCUCUGAUGGGAGCAGGCCUUCACGGAAGAAACCGAGGGAUGAGACGUGGCCAGGAGGUUGAUGUUGGAUGUUGGAUGGUGGAUAUUUUAUGUUUUGAUGUUGGAUAUUUGUUAAGGUUGAUGUUGGAUGUUGGAUAUUUUAUGUUUUGAUGUUGGAUAUUUGUUAAGGUUGAUGUUGGAUAUUUCUUAAGGUACAUUUGGAUGUGUUAUGUUUGAG